CGCGCAGGAGCUCCAAAAACUCUCGGCAUCACCAGUUCACGCACGACUUCAUGCACGUCAAAAAAACUUUCUGAUCCAAUUGCCAACGCAGCACCCGCCUUCCUUCCCGGCGUGGCUCCUACAGAUGAAGCGCUACUGCGAACGACAUCACAGCCCGCGUCUUACUUCUCCACACACCUCAUAACCCUCUCGCUUCGAGCAGACGUACCCAUCUCAACCCCACCUCAUCGCCGCACCUCACCUCACCUCGCGACCAACACCACCACCCCCUCCCUCCUUCCUUCAAAGCAAAACCAAAAUGGACAUAUCCGACCUCCUCGCCUCCGUCGUCGCCCCGCCCACGCCCUCCCACCAACGCCUCUCCGAUCUGCAAUCCCUAACCCGCUCCUUCGUCGCCGAGCGCACCUGCCCGGAACUCCUCCCCUACCCGUCCGCGCUGCUCGACCGCGUGCUCGAGGCCAUCCGCGAGCAGAUCGAGACGAUCGAGGAGCACGCGGGGGACGCGGACCCCCGGACCAACUUCCGCAUGAUUAUUCUCCAGACGGAACUCGAGAGGGUGCGGUUUCUCGUAAGGGGAUUGGUGAGGGGGCGUAUUGCUAAGAUCGACGCACACCCCCUCCACAUACUCAACCUCUACACGACCAGCCAACCCACCCUCCUCUCACCCUCGGAGCACAAGUACCUGACGACGCACCAAGCGCUGCUGUCAUCGCACUUCUCGGCCUCGUUCCUCUCGCAGUUCCCCGCCGCGCUGCAGCGGCUCGACGACACGACGGGGGGCGUCAGCAUGGUGGACAAGCCGGACGAGGAUAGGGCGGUGUUUGUGAGGUGUUUGAGGGAUGUCGGGCAGGUUUAUGUCGAGGGGACGGGGACGCGGUUUGAGAUGCGGAGGGGGGAUGUUUCGGUGGUGAGGUGGAGUGCUAUUAGGGCGUGGGUGCUCGGGGGGGAUGUAGAGUUGAUUUGAACUGCGAGGGUUCGGAGUUGGGAGUUGGUUUUUGGGUGAGGGGAAGGAUUUUGAAGGGAGUGAUUGAAGAGGUGGGAAAGAAGGGGGAGAGGAGGUUGAGGAGAUUUGCUUGGAUUUUUGAGAGAUUGCUGCUAUGAGAAGA